CCUAACCAAUAUUAUUAUCAAAGAACCUCAACUAAAUCAUUUACCCAAUCAAAAGUAUAGGCGAUAGAAAUUUUACCCCAGUGCAAUAGAUAAAGUACCAUAAAGGAAAGAUGAAAAAAUUAACCAAGCAUAAAAUAGCAAGGACAUACCCCUAUAUCUUCUGCAUAAUGAAUUAACUAGAAAUAACUUCGCAAAGAGAACCAAAGCCAAGACCCCCGAAACCAGACGAGCUACCCCAAAACAGCUAAAAGAGCACACCCACCUAUGUAGCAAAAUAGUGGGAAGAUUUAUGGGUAGCAGUGACAAGCCUACCGAACCUGGUGAUAGCUGGUUGUCCAAGAUAGAAUCUUAGUUCAACUUUAAAUUUAUCUACAGAACCACUUAAUCCCCUUGUAAAUUUAACUAUUAGUCUAAAGAGGGACAGCUCUUUAGACACUAGGACAAAACCUUAUAUACAGAGUAAGAAAACCCAAGUUCCAUAGUUGGCCUAAAAGCAGCCAUCAAUUAAGAAAGCAUUCAAGCUCAACACCUGAACACCUAAAAUCCCAAUUACAUCACUGAACUCCUCACAUCACAUUGGACCAAUCUAUUACUUUAUAGAAGCAAUAAUGUUAGCAUAAGUAACAUGAAUAAUUUUCUCCACUUCACAAGCCUACAUCAGACCAGAAUACUUCACUGACAAUUAACAGACUAAUAUUAAUAAAUAACUAAUAACCAUUACUACUCGUACUGUUAACCCAACACACGCAUGCUCUUAAGGAAAGGUUAAAAAAAAGUAAAAGGAACUCGGCAAAUCUAACCCCGCCUGUUUACCAAAAACAUCACCUCCAGCAUUACCAGUAUUAGAGGCACUGCCUGCCCAGUGACAUAUGUUUAACAGUCGUGAUACCCUGACUGUGCAAAGGUAGCAUAAUCACUUGUUCCUUAAAUAGGGACUUGCAUGAAUGGCACCAUGGGGGUUUAACUGUCCCUUACUUUUAACCAGUGAAAUUGACCUGCCCAUGAAGAGGCGGACAUAAUAUAAUAAGACGAGAAGACCCUAUGGAGCUUUAAUUUAUUAAUGCAAACAAAACUAUAUAAACCCACAGGCUUUAAAUUACUGCAUCUGCAUUAAAAAUUUUGGUUGGGGUGACCUCGGAGCAUAACCCAACCUCCGAACAACCUAUGCUAAGACUACACCAGUUAAAGCGAAUUACUAUGCACAAUUGACCCAAUAACUUGACCAACAGAACAAGUUACCCUAGGGAUAACAGCGCAAUCCUAUUCUAGAGUCCAUAUCGGCAAUAGGGUUUACAACCUCGAUGUUG